AUGAAAGCAUACAAAAGAAUUAAUGAUGAGUCUGAAGCUAUUGCUAAAAAAACUAAUGGUAGAAUUGAUAUGUGUAAAUCUAGAAAUUAUACAUUAACAACUAUAAAAUUUUUUAAAGAAACUACUUUAGUACUCCAAAAAAGUGAAAAAAUAAGUGAACAAGAAAGUGUAUGGAUAGAUUUAGCAAUAACUGGUGCUCUAAUAUUUACAGAAAGAUAUGAAGGAGAAGCUAAUCAAUACGAUCCAAUUGCACCAGAAUAUGCUAAGGAAAAUGGUCUGAAAGUAUAUUUAAUGAAUGAAUCACCAAAUACACUUAUAUAUGAAAAAAAUACUGGUAUUAGUAGAAGUAAUAUAUUUGGUAAAUGGAGAAAUAUAUUAUACAAUAUUAAGAAAGAAGGUGGAAUAGCAGGAAAAGUAAAUAAAGUAUUAUUAGUUUCAUUAUAA